AUGACGGAAGACCAUACAGAGGAAACCAGGAAUCAGGAAGUUGAGGUGCAUCUCACUGUCAAGCUUCCUCAUGAACCAGGAAAGAUUGACUUCCCUGUCUCUUCCUACACCACGAUUGGAGAAAUUUUCGAGACUUUGUCCAAUUUGCCUGUAACGCAGCAAAAUUCGAAUUUUGGUUUGGCUUUAGACAAUGAGGUCCUCGGCGAUGCACUUCCGCUGUCAGAGUUUGUCGACCUUGCAGCAGACAAGCCAUCUUUGACCUUGGUUCUGAAACAACUUGCUUAUAACGAGAAAUUGGCACGUGAACACAUUUCCAAAGUUCGUGAGAUUGCCAGUUUGCAGUUACCUGCCUACUUCAGCCCCAUGAACGAUGCCUCUGGUGUGGACGCUGGAGCCUCCAAGCUGUUUGAGUUAAAGUUUGCAGAGGCAAAGCUUGAGGAAAAGAAUGAAAAUGAAGAAGCCGAAGAGCCAGAGAGUCCCCCACAUGUCACUCUGACUGAGGAGGAAAAGGCAAGGGUUGUCGCUGGUGUACAAUCAGCCCGUGACCCAAUUCGCCUCUCUGACUUCUCUGGUAGCAUUCCUUUCACCGCUUCACCAGCUUUGAAAUCGCUGAACCUCUCUGCCUGGUCACCCGUAUCUGUUUCCAAUAAGGCAAAGGGAGAUUUGCUCUACUUGAGUUCUCAGACAAUCGAAGGUGAGACUUUCCACAUUACUUCUCAUGUUUCUGGGUUCUUCGUGAACAACUCUUCGAACACCAAGUUUGACCGUUCUCCAAAACAGGUGUCCACCACAAACGGAAAACAAAAGUUUCUCAAGGACCAUUCAUUGCUGGCUCUACUGGAACAAUUGUCCCCUCUCUUUUUACAGACCCGCGUGAAGAAUGCAACAGGGUACUCUUCCAUCCCUGUCGAGAGUUUCGCCGUUCCAAGUAACGGGUUUCUGUCAAAUCCUUGGUUAGUGCAGAAGCCAUCCAAGCCACAGCCAGAUUUGGGAAGAUCUCAGUCGAACUUCCUGCAAGGCGGCAUGGACGGUGCUGACCUGCAAAGAGACUGGAACGAAGAAUACCAGUCUACCAGAGAGCUACCAAAAACCACAUUUCAGGAGAGAAUUGUCAGAGAAAGAUUGCUGAACAGAGCUGGAUUUGACUUUGCAACAUCCGCAGUCAGAGGAGCUGCUGCCGUUGUCAGAGGCGAGAUUGAGGCCAUCAACCCUGCUGAAGAUCCAUCCCAGUACAUCUACCUGCGCAACGGUAUUUUCUACUCAUUAUGUGUUGAUGCUGGUCAGUACGUUGAGUCUGGCGGAGACUUGGCCGCCAGAGCUGCUGCCAACAAAGAUCUUGCUGGAAUACGUUGUCUCAACAGACUGGAUUUGCCAGAGGUGUAUCAUUUGUGUACAGUCAUCGUGGACUUCUGCGGCCGCAGAGUCAUCUGUCAAACCCCGGUUCCAGGUAUUUUCAACGAGAACUUGUCUUCUGAGAAUGAUGGCGUUGAUGAGUCCAAACCGUUUGUGGUGUAUGGUUAUGACGAUGACCAGAAGGUUCUUAGAAAUGAUGAGGCAUUUGGCAAAAAAUUGAAGCCAGUUGCUGACGCAUUCCAUUUGAAACCCCACCACGCCUGGACCAGAGGAGGCGAGUCAUCUGCUGAGGUCGCUACCUCGGCUGAAAUCAAGGGUAUGAAGGGUAACGAUGGCCGCUCCUACGUUAUCGAGCUCUACCGUACCACUCCUCUGGACAUCAGCUUCAUCGAGAAUCAUUACAACCCAGAGUCUGAGACCUCAUACCCACAUCGCGAAGUUACCCUGAGACAUGAGGCUGUUGAGGAAUGGUGGAGACGCCAGAUAGGUUAUGCUGUUAAGACCGAGACUGAACGAUUGGAAGCUGAAGGCAGCAAAGCCCAGGAGGGCGAAGAAGCCGAAAAGCCAAACAUCGUGAUCGACCAAACACAAUUCACAUUCAACCCUGAUGUGUUUUCCUUGAAUACUCCCAAGGAAGCCCCAGAGGAAAUCAAAGCAGACGAGGCCAAGGUCCGUGAGAUCUCCAAGUUUGUAUCUGAGGUGCUGAUUCCAGAGUUCGUCAAGGAGCUGGAAAACGACGAAGCUGUGUCUCCGAUUGACGGCGAGCACUUGACAACGUUGUUGCACAAAGCAGGUAUCAAUGUUCGUUACUUGGGCCAGGUUGCUGAACACGUCACCAAACGUAUGGCUGAUUUGCAAAGCAAGCAGUUGGAGAGGAAGCUUGAGAUCGCCGAGCACAACAAAAAGGUCGACGAAGAGGAAAAGGAAAAGGCGAAAAAGGCAGCCGAAGAAGAGAAUUCUGAGAAGGAGACUUCUGACAAGGAAAGCUCUGAGACUCCAAAGUCUGAAGAGGCCACCUCGGAGCCUUCCACGGAAUCUACCGCGGUUGACUACAUUGCCCACCUUGCCUCUCUCCAGACCUUGCGUAUGCUCUUGAUUCAGGAAAUGAUUGCUCGUUCUGCCAAGUUCAUUUUGCGCGAAGCCACUUUGAGCUUGCCGUUUGUUUUCUCUCCAUAUGUUGUCGCCCACUUUGCCAACUGUUUACUCGGUAGGAAGCUGAACCCAAACCCAGAGAUCUCUGUGGAUGAGGAGCUCAGAUGGGCUUACCCAGAGGCUGAUGUUUCUUUCUCGUCUUGGUCUUCUGAAUCUGUGUUGAAACAGAUUGAGUCUAUUGUAUUCAAGAAGUACCGUUUCCAGCUACCUGCUGAAUGGUCGGAACUUCACAUCAGACCAAUACCACUUCUUCGUGAGAUCUCCAAGAAGUUUGGUAUUCAAUGGCUAUCCAGAGAUUAUGCAUUCACUCCUGAGGCUGCCAAAAGUUUGUUAGUGCCAGAGGGUUCGAAGACCAACAAGAAGUCAAAGAAGAAUGCCCAACCUUUUGAGGAGAAGAGCACUGCUCAUAACGUGACAUUUACAGUGGAGGAUGUUGUUUCUCUUAAUCCUGUUGUUAAGGACUCAGUCUUUCGUUCGACUGUGGUCGAGGAGAUCUGGGAAGCGGGAAGAGUGAGCCUUUCCUCUGGGAAGCGUGAAGAGGGACUGGCUUUGCUCAAUGAAGCUAUCAUUAUUUAUGAACAAGUUUAUGGAUCCAUUCACCAAGAUGUUGCCAAGGCCUACAGCUUGCUGGCGCAAACCUACUCUGAUCUUGGCAUGCCUAACGAAGCAGUGGCUUUCUCCAGACGGUCUUUGCGUAUUACCGAGCGUACCUCUGGUAUCGAUUCGUUCGAAACCAUUCUCGGAUUGCUCAACACCGGUUACUUCGAACAGAGAGCCAACUCCCUGAUCAAUGCGUUCUUCGUCUACAAGGCUGCUGUUGAUUACUGGUCUUUCGUGUACGGUGAAGACCAUCCAUCCGUAAUCAAUACAGUGGUCAACUUGGGAAGUAUGCUCCAGCAGGCAGAGCUUCACAAAGAAUCGCUUGCCCUUUUCACCCAGGCUCUUAACCUGAGUCAGUAUGUCAACGGAUCCGACUCAGUGAUCUCUGCGUUGAUCAGGUUCCAAAGAGCACAGUUGUUGACCUUAACCAACAAUAUCGCGGAAGCUGUGAAGGAAACCAAGAAGUCCUAUUUGAUCUACAGAGAAGCUGUGGGUGAAGAUGACAAAGUUACCAAGGAAACCAAGAACUGGGCCGACCAGUUCGAGAAGUACCUCAAACACACCAAGCUACAGGAGAAGAGACAGAGGGAGAUUGAAGCGGCCGAGCUGAAGAAAGCAAGGCAGGAGGCUGCUGCCCUGCAAAAAGAGAAGGCCAAUGGAAAGAAGUCGAAGAGCCCAACUGUGAACUCAAAUCCUGCCAUUGCUAACCAAUCAGUCGAUGACAUCAUGAAGUUCAUUGAGGGAAAAGCUCCGUCGAAGUCAAAGAAGAAGAGAGGAGGAAAGAAGUAG